AUGGUCACCACCACGGCGCCGCCGCCCUUCCUAGCUCGGAUUUCGGCAGGCACCGAAGACCCCAAGCGCCUGCCCACUACUCUUUUCCAGCGCCUCAGGCGAGGGGACAGCAACUGUGAGAACCAGUCUAGCUGCUGCCUGGCGGGCCCGGGGGGCAGCGCAAGGCCCACGCUGAAAAAGGUCCGUCGGAGGAAGGGAAAGAUCCGGCCCAGCCCUGCGGGGCUCCUGCCCAGCCGCUACCAACAGUAUCAACAGCAUCGCACCGGCCUGGGGAGAAGGACCCCACUGGGAACGCACGGGACAGGUGAGCUUCGCGCUCACCCUACGUCAACAGCUUCAGCUGCCCCCGGCACGGGAAUGGUCGCCCCGGAGGAGCCGCCCGCCCCGUCGAGACUCGCGCCCAGCAAACCCCUCAGGAAGGAGUUCUUAAAGAGCAAGAUUGGAAAGUCUGAGAAGGCUGCCGUCCCGUACAGCCAGCCUGUUCACAGUUUACAUCUGUGUGAACAACCAAAGAUUAACAGGCAGAAGAGUAAAUGUAACAUGCCGCUGACAAAGAUCACCUCUGCAAAAAAGAUAGAGAACUUUUGGCAAGAUUCUGUACCGCCAGAAAUAAUUCAGAAACAGGAGAAAAAGCCGCUUAAAAACACAGAGAACUUCAGAAAUGCCAAGUCCAAGAAACCUAUCACCCUAACCGAAGUGAGCCAAAAAGAAAAUUAUGCUGGGGCAAAAUUCAGUGAUCCACCAUCUCCUAGUGUCCUUCCAAAGCCUCCCAGCCACUGGGUGGGUGGCACAGCUGAACCCUCUGACCAAAACAGGGAGUUAAUGGCAGUCCAUUUGAAAACUCUCCUAAAAGUUCAAGCAUAGUUUCCAAGAGCUCUUGAGUAAUUGGCAAAGCAAGCUCCAUCCAGGAAACUGAAAACAUGCCUUGUUGCAAUAAAAUUGCAAAAGACUUGUCAAGUCUUAAGAUCACAUUUAAAAAUCCUUGUAUUAUAUUUUUUAUGGUUGUGUAAAUAGUGUACAUCAUGUAUUAUGUGUAUAUUCUUGUUCAUACUUUGAGAGGUACAUUUUAGUUUUGUUAUGAAAGGAUGUAUUUUGCACUGCCUGAAUGGUAGAUGUCUUGUAUAUAACCCAUGGACAAUUUUAAGUGUGUGCUUGACACAUGAAGACUUGACUUGAUUUGCACAAGGUAAUGAAAAUUUUGGAAGGAGAGUACAGCUUUCUGAUUUCAUGGUUCCAGAUGAAAUGUGAAUGUUUUAUUCAUGCACUACUGACAAUAGUUUUUACAUUCUGUGUCCCAGUAAAAUACAAACAUGGAAUUUUCAUACAAAUGUGAAGUUUUGCUCUCUGCUCUGGAAACAGUAUCUGGAAUUCCUGUUCAUCUGUUUACUUUUUAAAUUAUCUGGAAUUUGAGUAAAAUUCCAACCCAUCAAUUUGGAGCACUGCUGAUUUCUCAAAAAAAAAAAUUAAAAAAAAGAGCAGAGCUUUCUGCCAACAAUCCAAUUGGUCACUAAAAAAUUAAAUAAACAAUUUGGC